AUGGGCGAUCAAAGACCAGGUAAAUUCUCAAAAUUAGGUAAAUUAUUAGGUGUCUCUUCCACAAGUAUAUCCUCACAAAACAACACCAAUAAUAAUCAAAAGGAAGCUAAAGAAAAUGGUAAAUCAGCAUCAUCAUCAUCAUCAUCAAAAAACAAUUCUGAAGAAUUUAUACUACCUCAAGUUGAAAAUGACAAUGUUUCACCAUUACAAUAUAUAAAGCAACCUCAACCUUAUACAACAAGCAAUACUCAAUUGAAUCCUAAUACUACAUCACCUAAAUUAACAUCAACAAGAUCUCAUUCACCAAUUAAUGGUAUUUCAUCAACUACAACUUCCCCAAUUUCAGUAGCAUCAUUGGAUCAAAAACUUAAGCGUCAACAAUCAAGUAAUAUCACCGUAAUUUCACCACCUCAACCAGCAGUUUUAAUUGAUUCAAAAUCUUCACUGUCAGUAAAUACUCCAGCAGUCUCAAGACAGACAUCAAGAAAACAAAAGUCAUCAAUCAAAAGCGAAUCAUCUCAACAAAAUAUUCCACCUUCGUUACCAAGAUUUUUAAUGUUGGAAAAUGGUGAUCAUGAGCAUCACUUAAGAUCAGCUAAACGUCAGGAAAAAUUAAGUAAUAUGUUGAAAGAUUUGCUAGGUGCAAAAAAAUUGAGAGAUGAAGCAAAGUCAGCAGUACCUGAUAUUUUACAAAAACAACCUAUACAACAACAACAAGUCAAUGGUAAACCUCCAACAUUAUUUGCUGGUUUGGUCAAUCAUGUUAAAAAUAAUACAUCUCCUUACCAUCAACCUGGUACAACGGAUGUGGUCACCGCACAAGAUGUAACUGGUCCUGAUUGUAGAUCAUUUGUUGAAAAAUAUGGUAGAUGCCAAGAAGUUAUAGGUAGAGGUUCAUUUGGAGUUGUUCGAAUAUCUCAUAAAAGAUUAGAUUCUACUACUAGUAAUGAGAAAUUAUAUGCUGUCAAGGAAUUUAAAAGAAAACCAAGUGAAAAUGAAAAGAAAUAUAAUCGUCGAUUAACAAGUGAAUUUUGUAUUUCAUCAUCAUUAAAACAUAUUAAUAUAAUCGAUACCCUUGAUUUAUUAAAAGAUGCAAAAGGUGAUUAUUGUGAAGUUAUGGAAUUUUGUUCUGGUGGUGAUUUAUAUACUUUAAUUAUUGCUUCUGGUAAAUUGGAAUAUGCUGAAGCUGAUUGCUUCUUCAAACAACUAAUCAAAGGGGUAAAUUAUAUGCAUGAUAUGGGUGUUGCACAUCGUGAUUUAAAACCAGAAAAUUUAUUAUUAACACAAGAUGGUGUAUUGAAAAUUACUGAUUUUGGUAAUUCUGAAUGUUUUAAAAUGGCUUGGGAAAAUGAAAUUCAAUACAGUGAAGGUAUUUGUGGAUCGAGUCCUUACAUUGCUCCAGAAGAAUUUACUCAAGUUACAUUUGAUCCUAGAUGUGUUGAUAUUUGGUCAUGUGGUGUAAUAUAUAUGGCUAUGAGAACUGGUAGACAAUUGUGGAAAUUGGCUGACCCUAAAAAGGAUGAAUUUUUUGACGAAUAUUUAAUCAAAAGAAAAGAUGCAAAAGGCUAUGAACCAAUUGAAAGUUUAAAAAGAGCAAGAUGUAGAAAUGUAAUUUAUUCAAUUUUAGAUCCUGUUGCUGAAAGAAGAAUUACUGGUAAACAAAUUUUAAAUAGUGAAUGGGGAAGAGAAAUAAAUUGCUGUAUAGAUAAUAAAUAA